AUGUCAAACAACGAUACACUUAUUUUGGGAUACUGGGCACAACCAGUUAGAGCUCAACCAAUUAGAUACAUAUUAGAAAUAGGUAAGUACCCUUACAAGGAAAAUUAGUACAAAACUCCUGCUGAAUGGUUUGAAAAAGAUUCCAUGUCUCUUGGUUUACAAUUCCCCAAUCUUCCUUAUAUCAUCAAAGGUGACUUAAAAAUCACAGAAUCACACAAUGUUGCUUAAUAUGCUAUUGAAGUUUCCAACUAAUGCAAUUUAUAAGGAACUGGCUAAUAAAAAUACAAGAUUGAAAAUGUUAGAUUAGUUGCUGAUGAAGUGAUGAUGAAAGUCUUUGGAGCUAUUAAGUUGAGCGGAGAAGCUUAAACAAAUGAAUUCAAGACCAAUAUUAUCCCUAAGCUCACUCUUUUAUAGAAGCACUUAGGAAACAAAGUUUAUUUCUUUGACAAUAAGCUAUCUGUCGCUGAUAUUUACACCUACUCUGGUUUGUAUAUCCUCAAGAAUAAAUUCCCCGAACAAUAUCAACCUUUUGCUGCAACCUUUGAUCCCUUUAUUAAAAACUUUGAAUCAAUUCCUCAAAUUAAAGAAUACCAAAGCUCUGAUCGUUUCCCUAAGUUACGUUGA